GUGUGUAUUAACAAGAAAGCUGAAAACCGACCACCUUCACUUCAUUUCCUUAAUCCCUUCGGAGCGUGCUUCUCACUCUCUCUGUCUCCCCGACCAUGGGACUGGAAGGCGUGGAACCUUCGGUGUUCGUGUCUGAUUUUCUUGAGAAGUGCGGUGGCUACGCCGUGGUGGAUGGUGGCUUCGCCACCGAGCUUGAACGCCAUGGCCAAGACCUCAAUGAUCCUCUAUGGAGUGCCAAGUGUCUUAUCAGUUCUCCGCACCUUGUUAGAAGGGUUCACCUAGAUUACCUUGAUGCCGGCGCAAAUGUGAUUAUAACGGCAUCUUAUCAGGCCACUAUUCAGGGUUUUGAAGCCAAAGGCCUGUCCACAAAAGAAGCUGAAACAUUGAUUAGUAGAAGUGUUGAAAUUGCUUGUGAGGCUCGGCAAAUUUAUCAUGACAAAUGCACCAAAGAUUCUUGGGACUUCCUUGACAAUGGGAACAUUACGAGACGUCCAGUUUUGGUUGCUGCUUCUGUGGGCAGCUAUGGGGCUUAUUUGGCUGAUGGAUCUGAGUAUGCUGGCAACUAUGGGGAUUCAGUGACACUGGAAACAUUGAAGGAUUUUCACAGGAGAAGACUUCAGAUUCUGGCUACAUCGGGUGCUGAUCUAAUUGCAUUUGAAACAAUUCCAAACAAGCUAGAAGCGCAGGCAUAUGCUGAGCUUCUUGAGGAGGAAGGUAUAGACAUUCCAGCUUGGUUUUCCUUCACCUCCAAGGAUGGAAUCAAUCUGGUUAGUGGUGAUUCUAUUUGCGAUUGUGCCUCCAUUGCGGGUUCGUGCAAGCAAGUUGCUGCUGUAGGAGUCAAUUGUACCCCUCCUAGAUUUAUACAUGGAGCAAUUCUCUCUAUCAGGAAGGUGACAAAUAAACCAGUGGUCAUAUAUCCCAACAGCGGUGAGACUUAUGAUGCUGAACGCAAGAUAUGGGUGAAAUCAACUGGGGUAGCAGAUGAGGACUUUGUAUCAUAUGUAGGCAAAUGGCGAGACGCUGGUGCAUUUCUCUUUGGUGGUUGCUGCAGGACUACUCCAAACACCAUCAGAGCCAUAUGCAGGAUUCUCUUUGAUAAAUCUUCACUCCCCUUAUCCAAGGCUGAUAUGUAGAUAAUAAUCAGAUGUUAAUCUGAAAUUUUGCUAUCUUGGGCACUGAUCUUAUGAAUCCCAAUUGAGCAGAAAUCUCCUGAUGAAGUCAAUGUAAUGAUCAUCUCUAUGUGUCAAAAAAAUAAAGAAGGUUUCUUUACCUUCUCUUGUUAA